CAAUGACCCCGCGGCCUCUGGUGUCUCCCAGGAUUCUCCGCGCGGCCCUAUCAGGUCUCUCCGCGUCAGCAGCGAACAUGGCGGCCCCGAGCGGGUGAGAGCGGAUAACGGAGGAGGAGAGAGACUGCGGACCCAGGUUCCAUUCGCUGAGAGAAGGAAGGAAACUGCGCUCGUCUGAACAAGCGUUAAGAUGGAGGAGCCCGGGCUGGAGCAGAUGCUGGAGGGACAAAGGUUCCCUGUGGAUCUGCUGUCCCGGGUUCUCCUCCUCCUCUACGCUCCCUUCGGCCUCUGCCUCUUCCUGCUGCGUCUGUUCAUCGGUGCCCAUGUGUUCCUGGUGAGCUGCGUCCUGCCCGACAGCGCCAUCCGAAGGUUCCUUGUGCGGGUCAUGACCUCUGUUCUCGGGGUCCUCAUCACUCAGUCUGGAGAACAGGAUCCGGCGGUGAAGAUUUACGUCUCUAAUCACUUGACCUCCAUCGACCACAACGUCCUGGGUCUCCUGACUUCGUGCAGCUCUCCAUCUGUGUCCUGUACUCCUGGAUUUCUGUGCUGGGCUCGAGGAUUCCUUGAACUUGGGGCCCCGGGGAGCCGAACCCAACUCCAGGAGUCUCUGAAGCACUAUCUGUCCCAGCCGGGGAGCUCUCCGCUACUACUGUUCCCAGAGGAGGAGACCACCAAUGGCCGAGCCGGCCUCCUGCACUUCAGCUCGUGGCCGUUCUCGCUGUCGGACUCUGUGCAGCCUCUGACCCUGCGUGUGAGCCGGGCCCUGGUAUCCGUGGCGGUGGCCGGGUCCUCCUGGUACACAGAGUUGUUCUGGACUCUCUUUUCUCUGUACACAGUUUACCAUGUAAGAUGGCUGCCUCCAGCAUGCCGCUCUUCCAGGGAGUCGGAUGAAGACUUUGCCUCCCGUGUUGAGAAGCUGGUGGCUCUAUCGCUAGGUAUCCCUGGCACAAAGCACACAGCUGCAGAUAGAGCAGAACAUGUGAAGCGGAGGAGGAAGAGAGAAACUUAUUCCCACAAUUCCCAGCCCCCGCCCACAGCGUCUCCAGCCGCAAGUCACAUGGCACAACGGGUGAAGGAAGUGCUACCCCAGGUACCACUAUCUGUCAUCCACCAAGACCUCGCUCAGACCGGAUGUGUAGACACCACAAUCACAAACCUGUUAGAAGGACGAGUCCCGUAUGUGCCUGAACCCCAAUCACCCGCAGGAAGUGAGACCCCGGGGCGGACAACUGCACUCAGCAAGCCGAUACCGAAGGGUUUUGCCCGUAGACCGGAGGACAGACACUUAUCGCUGCAGGAGCGGAAGGAGAUGCUGUAUGACUAUGCCCGGAGGAGAUAUCUGAAGAAGUUCGGAGGCGUCACUACAGCCAAGGAGAAGAAUGAAUGAUGGUAACGGAGAGAAAAGAGCGGGGGCUGGGGUCAGAGGUCGGGGGGAACCAGCAUCUAGUACUAUGGACCCUGCACCUGCAGUCACAUGUGGGGUAUCUAAGCCCUGGGACCUAGCACUGGUGGUCACAUCUGGAGUACCUAGUCCUGGGGACCUUGUUCUGUCCGAUGUGGGGUAACUAGUAUUAGGGACCCUACCCUGACGUGAUGAUGAUGAUGAUGGGUGCUGUAGUGCACAUGUCCCACUGCUGUGAACGAAUUAUUGUAAAUACUUUGCAGGAUAAUUUUUUAAGAAAUAAAAUGUAAUUAUGA